GGCGGUGUCGGGAUCUCACCAUCCGAGUUCCAAUCUCGUGGCGAGGCGAGAGAAAACGAAGCUCGGGGCAGCGAUCCAGAUCAAUAAUGGAUUGUUUCAUUCUGAUCUCUCAGAGUUCAUGAAUUUUUAAUUUCCCCUGUUUCAUGUUGUAGAUCUUCUGUUAUCCGCGAAUGCUCUGGUUGUCUUUUUUUUUUUGUUUCUGUUGCUUCCUUGGCAUUUCCUUGGCUUUUUUUUUUUUUUCCUUUUUCUUUUCUUUGAUCUCUCUUGGUUUCGGUAUCUUUGCUGAGCAUAUUCGGAAGCAGCAGAUCUGAAAGAAUCUGAAAGUUCAUUCUUCAAAUAUUAGCUAUGUUUGCUUAUGAUGAUACACUGCCGUUAAAUCUUGAAUCAAAGUUGGAAAAAAGUUAUCGCCUGUUUAAAGAAACGAGUUUCGUUAUGUUCCAUGAGCACAGGCCGCUUAAGAACUAAGAUCCAUUUUGUAAUUCUAAUUAGUCGACAAGGGAAGGUGAGAUUGACGAAAUGGUAUUCUCCAUACCAACAGAAAGAACGAGCCACGGCUAUCCGGGAGCUUAGCAGCCUUAUUCUUACACGAGGACCAAAACUUUGCAAUUUUGUCGAGUGGAAGGGAUACAAAGCUGUGUAUCGAAGGUAUGCUAGCCUAUACUUCUGUAUGUGUGUCGAUCAAGAUGACAACGAACUUGAAAUCCUUGAGAUAAUUCAUCAUUUUGUCGAGAUAUUAGAUCGUUACUUCGGCAGUGUGUGUGAACUUGAUUUGAUCUUUAAUUUCCACAAGGCAUAUUACAUUUUGGAUGAGAUUUUGAUUGCCGGUGAGCUUCAAGAAUCAAGCAAGAAAAUUGUUGCUCGACUUAUAGCUGCUCAGGUGAGAUCAGCUAUGUUGCUAGAUUGGGGGAAGUGGGCUAUCAAUAGCAAGUAGGUAAGAUGAAUGAGUGAAAUGAGGGUACACAAGCAGAUUCAGGGAUGUAGAGCUUGGAAGACAGCCUGAAGGUGAGCAAUAAGGAGUUGGGUGAGUGGGCAAUCUAAUCCCCUCGUGGGGACGAAGCAUAUCCAAAGGGUAUCAUGUUUGUAUUGCCUGUUCUCCUAUCUUUCUGUCUCGCCUCACCUUCUUUCUCUGUUAGUCUAGAAUGCAGUAGAAGCAACAUGACCAUUAAUCAUACACACGGAAAAGCAGUUCUCUGAUCCAAUGCCCAGACUGUGAUCUCUAUAAUGGCUAAUCUAGUGCUCCAGGAGGAUUGAAUUCCUCUUGAGAGGGAAUGAGAUGUUUUCAUUGAAACAUAUCUCAUUACUGCUUGAUUAUAGUCUAAGCUCGGAAAUCUUCUAUGGAAUCAAGGACUCUAAUCGCUCGUGUUUGUUCCUAACCCUCACUCUUAUUCCUGUUCCAUCCCAUCCUCCCAUCCCUUGUCUUCACCUCCUUAUCUGUUCUGCCUCGGCUUCACCUUGUUUUUUCCUGUUGAGGGGAUGAGGUCACAGGCUGACAAGAAAUAAACAUUUCCACCAAGUUAGCUUGUGUAGAAGUAGGGCGAGCUUGUUCCAUCUUGAAAUGAAUUGUGACAAUUGUUUGGGAUGAGAACACCCUUCUAAUACACAGGUGUUAUGUGCAACCCACUUAUUUGUUUGGGUCUAUGGGCAUCAAGCAUCUCUAGUUUUAACAAAUUCUUUCUUGCUCAUCAUGAAGUAUGGCAAAGUGCGACAGCUGAUUUCAUCCCAGAAUUACUAAUAAUCGCAUUUGUCUGUGUGAGACUAAUACUAUUACAGGCAGACAGACAUCUUUACUUUACACAUCCUGCAUUCAUGCAUGUUCAUCGGAAAAAGGAAAAAAGUUACAUUGAUUGCAGAGGAAUAUAAAUCUGGUUC